AUGGCCCGUGGUGCCGGUGCUCGUGGCGGCGGCCGCGGCGGUCGCACCGCCGGCCGUGGAGGCCGAGGAGGCUCCGGAGGCAAUGGCGGCGGCGGCCGCGGGCAGGCUGGGGCGCCUUCCCAAGCUGGCCCAGGCCCUGCCGCGCAGCUCCCGACCACCGAUGCCAACGCCUCCAUCGUGAGCAGGGUGGUCGAGGCCAAGGCCUACUUGGAGUCGCUGGCCCCUUUCAGUGACAUCCAUCGAGCGCUGCCGGGCGACAUCGCUGCUGGUGAUGGCCACAUGGCCGCGUAUGAUGGCGAGUCUUGCGCGACUGCGCUCAAGUCUCUUGGCAAGUAUAUCGCUGGCGGCAACUUGUGGUGGGUAGAUCUGACGUCCUCGCUGAACAUGUCUUCGGUCCCGGUGAACGUGGCGUCCGUGGAGCGCCUCGAACAGGACCUGUUCAGCGAGCCUCCGACUGUGUUCCCCGACAACAUCACGGUGGGCGUCUACGAGCCUGCAGACCCCUCCCAGACCUUCGGCCGCCUGAUGCGGAUCAGCCCAGAGGGUGGGCGGAUCCAGGCAGUCAACAGUACUCGU